GGAAAUUUGCCUCAACUCCAUUAAAUAUUUUCUUGAAACAAGUGAAAAUAUCAAUAAAAGAAGAAACCUUAUCAACUAGUAUAAAUUUAUUGGCUUGAGCCUUUGCCAUUGCUCAGUCUCAUUUUUCUAGGCAGUCUUAGUUUUAAUAUUUUACAUCUAGUAUCUUCUUUGUGUUAUAAUAUUGUUGAAUUAGGUAAAAUGGCAAAAUCCCCAGAAGAAGAGCAUCCAAUCAAGGCAUUUGGAUGGGCAGCUAGAGACACUUCUGGGGUUCUUUCUCCUUUCAACUUUUCAAGAAGGGCUACUGGGGAGAAAGAUGUGCAAUUCAAGAUCUUGUAUUGUGGAAUUUGCCACACAGAUCUUCACUAUCUCAAGAAUGAAUGGGGAGUCACCAGAUAUCCCGUGGUACCCGGGCACGAGAUUGUGGGCGUGGUGACAGAAGUUGGCAACAAAGUUGAGAAAUUUAAGAUUGGUGACAAAGUAGGUGUUGGUUGCCUAGUAGGAUCAUGUCAAAAAUGUGACAGUUGCUCAAAUGAUCUUGAAAAUUACUGUCCUAGACAAAUAAUGACAUAUGGUCAACUGUACCACGACGGCACAAUGACGUACGGUGGUUACUCAGAUUUCAUGGUCGUCGCUGAGCAUUUCGCUGUCCGUUGGCCGGAGAAUUUGCCAAUGGAAGCUGCACCAUUGUUAUGUGCUGGGAUUACAACUUAUAGCCCAUUGAAAUAUUUUGGGCUUGACAAGCCUGGAAUGCACAUUGGUGUUGUUGGCCUUGGUGGGCUUGGUCAUAUGGCUGUGAAAUUUGCUAAGGCUUUUGGAGCUAAUGUGACUGUGAUUAGUACUUCUCCUGGCAAGAAAGAUGAAGCCCUUCAACAUCUUGGUGUGGAUAAGUUUUUACUUAGCACCAACCCUGAGCAGAUUCAGGGUGCAAUGAGCACAUUGGACGGAAUUAUUGAUACAGUUUCUGCAGUUCAUCCACUUUUGCCAUUGCUUGGCAUGUUAAAGCCUCAUGGAAAACUUGUUAUGGUUGGUGUAAUUCCAAAACCACUUGAAAUGCCAGUGUUUCCCUUAAUUUUGGGAAGGAAGUUAGUUGCUGGGAGUUGCAUAGGAGGAAUGAAAGAGACUCAAGAAAUGUUAGAUUUUGCAUCAAAGCAUAACAUAACACCAGAUGUUGAAGUCGUCGCGAUGGACUACGUGAAUACUGCGAUGGAGCGUCUUCUGAAAUCGGAUGUGAAGUAUCGAUUCGUGCUAGAUGUGGGCAAAAAAUCGAACUCUGCUUAAGCUAGAACCAUUUUGGUUCUUGAAAAUCGCUGCUGAUUUUCUUGCUCCUGUGUGUUUCUAAAAGUCUUGUUUUGUCUUGUUUUAAUAUGUUUGUGUCUUGUUUAGUUUGCAGUUAUUCAAACUUGAAAGACAAAGAGUUUCUGGUUUGUCUUUGUCAAGAAUGACCACUCUGUAUUUUACAUAUGGCUAUGCUAUUUUUAUCAAUUUUCUGCUGAA